AAUCUGCAUCACCUGGGGGUUGUAAAUCUGGAGUGCAUGUUUGAGACACCAGAAAGAGUGUUUGUUGUUAUGGAGAAGCUCCAUGGAGAUAUGUUGGAGAUGAUUUUGUCAAGUGAAAAAGGAAGGUUGCCAGAGAGGAUAACCAAAUUUUUAAUUACACAGAUUCUUGUUGCUUUGAGGCAUCUUCAUUUUAAAAACAUUGUUCAUUGCGAUCUCAAGCCAGAGAAUGUAUUGCUAGCAUCAGCUGACCCUUUUCCACAGGUGAAGCUUUGUGAUUUUGGUUUUGCCCGGAUUAUUGGAGAGAAGUCAUUCAGACGUUCACUUGUGGGUACACCAGCAUAUCUUGCUCCUGAAGUUCUGAGAAAUAAAGGAUACAACAGAUCACUUGAUAUGUGGUCUGUUGGUGUCAUUAUCUAUGUUAGCCUCAGUGGUACUUUUCCAUUCAAUGAAGAUGAGGAUAUUCAUGAUCAAAUCCAGAACGCUGCUUUUAUGUAUCCACCUAAUCCUUGGAAGGAAAUCUCUCAUGAAGCUAUAGAUCUCAUAAAUAAUUUGUUGCAAGUUAAAAUGAGAAAACGUUACAGUGUGGACAAGACAUUAAGCCACCCCUGGCUGCAGGAUUACCAAGCCUGGCUAGAUUUGCGGGAACUUGAAUGCAAAAUAGGCAAGCGUUAUAUCACCCAUGAAAGUGACGAUUCCCGGUGGGAACAAUUUGCAGGAGACAAUAGUUUGCAGUAUCCAGUACACCUUAUGAGUCGAAGCCCUAACCACAAUGAAAAUCCUGAACCAGAAGAAGCAGAGUUGAAAGCCCUCAGUGAGCGUGUCAGCAUCCUUUGAAUCACAAUCUGUCAAAACACUGUGGAAUUUCCCCCUCAAAACAGGCUUAUGUUUUUUUGCUUCUCUGUAUACUUCAGAACUACUUCCGAUAAUAUUUGAAAUUCUUUUUAUUGUUGCUUGAUGAUGCAGGAUGUGAUUGCUGCCCUUUCAGAGAAUCUAUAGACCACUGAAACAAUAGUUGUAUAACAAGAAAGGACACUCAUACAUAUCCCUUGGCCAUCUUGUAAUUAAAAUAAGGACCUGAGUCUGUCAACCCUUUCAUCAGAUUUUUUUUACAUCAGAUUAAAGGAAAGAAAUGUGAGAAAUUGUUGGCACAGCACUAGAUUAUUUAUUCUCUUCAAAAUAAUCACAAAGCAAUGUUGUGGUUCUGAAGAUAAUUAGAAUAGGUAUAUUAUUCUAACCUAAUCAAUUUUGGAAUGACCUACAAUGCUUUUUUUCAUAAAACCAGCUUUAGCAAUCAGCUAAUUGUCUUUUCAAUGAAGGUAUUGACAAACCAUGGUUGAGAUUCAGUGACCAAUAAUAGGGUUGUGUCUUUGGUAUAAAUGAAUUUGCCAAGAUCAAUGACAGUCACUUUUAGUAAGAAUUUGUAGUUAUUUCCAGGGGAAUGAGAGUAGGAGGUAGAAUACAUCUACUGUAUGUUUAAUUCAUUUUACUUUCAGGUUGUAGAACUUGCAUACCAGGAUAAAAGGCUCAGUAGCAGAUGUCAUUGACAGAAGAAAACGCUGAUUGAGAUGUAAUGCUUAUAUCCAGAAGAAGUGACCUUACAGUCCCAGAACAAAAUCCAUUUUUAAGCUAUGCAAAGGUGCUCUCAGCAUACCAACCCAAGCAAUUUACUAUUCCAUUAGUAAUACUUCAAAGCUAACUUUUUAUAAUACAUCUCCACCUCCUUUGAAUAAUAGUUGCUAGACCUUAUUUAAUGGUAAAUCUGUUACUUGUUUUUAAAAUGUAUUUAUAAAUACUGCCCAUCUGUGCCCGCAAACCACCCAGCAAAACAAAAGGACAAAAAGAUUCUUCUUUGCAACAAGCAGAAGAUCAGCAAACUGCAGCUAUUAAUGGACCUUGCAAAGUUGGCAGAGAAGGAAGCAACAAGAAUUGUCUAAGGAAGGAGUGUUAGGAGCAAGUUGGUACAGAAAUGACCCCCUUUUGUAUAUUUACAACUCUUGCCUCUAAUUCAAUUUGUGCCUUAAAAUCUGUGCUGACUCCUGGUGACCAUCUGGGCUAGUCUUUAGUUUUCUUGGCAGGUUUUUGGAAGUGGUUUGCCCUUACCUUGUCCCUAGGCUGAGACAAAUUGACUGGUCCAAAGUCACUUGAAAAACUUUGUGCCUAAGGUGAGCCUAAAACUCACUGUCGCCCAAUUUAUAGGCUGGUGUUACUGCCCCAGAUUGGCUCAAAGAAUUAAUAGAGUUAAUUCCAAAGCAGUUCACAGAAGAAGGCAAUGUAUAAUCUCAUCACAGCUUCUUUAUGUAUUAAAGGAAACACUUCAUAUUAUGCUUGUAAACAAUCUGGAAAUGUGAUAUUGAUUCAGGAGCAGUGCUCUAUAUUCAUUCUAAAGGGCACAAGGAAUGCAUUGCAGUAUUUUAAGGAGUUAUAUUUAAGGCAUAAAUAGCCAGUUUGGUGUAGUGGUAAAGCCACCAGAAAGAAACAAAUCAGAAGGGCAUGGCUUCUUGUCCUUCCUUAGGCACAAAACCAGCUGUGCAACUUUCUGACAGCUGUUACAUCUUAGCCCUAGGAAGAGGCAAAGGCAAAUUACUUCCAAAAAUAUUCUUGACAAAAAUAUUGUCAAGAAGACUGCAAGAACUAACGGGGUGUUCAUGAAUAGUAAAAAACUGACUUGAACAAACCAAAAUAACAGUAAAUAAGUCAUGAACAAUUAUCAACAGAUAAGAUCUUCCCAAAGAAACUCAGUGGCGUGCAAAAGUUUAGUGCCCCCAAAUGUAUCCUGAAUUAUCUACAUUUUCACAUGCUAAGAAAGCUGCUUAGAAAAACCUAGGGUGGUUGAACAUAGACAAAUUCUGUGAAUUUGGAUCUUCAGAAAGAGAACAAUACCAUUCAAAAGACAAACUACAGUGUUUUAAUUCCAAAAUGAGAAAGGUCCGAUAGAAGUGGAUUCUAUCUUCUAAAUAUUUUCUUCGUUAUUCUAAAUAAUGAAGAAAAGGUAUUUGGUGAAAGACAAUAAGUUUUUAUUUUGCCAAGUUUUGUUCCUAACACUGAAAGUAACUUUAAGGGCUCAGCCUUGGAAAAUAUUAAGCACAGGCAAUUUACAAUGAUUUUUUUUUGUGGUAGUAUUUUGGAAUUUUCUAUAACUAUUUUAAAAAUGUAUAAAAUUAUACUAUGAAAUAGCAUUCAAUAGUUUAUGAUUAUAGGAUGAUAUUAUUUGUAACCCAUGAUGCUUACAUAUCUGCAGACCUUUGUGUCCUCAGAACAUCAGACCAAAGAAGUAAACACACAAUAUAUUCAUACCUUGAGCAAGGAAUAUAAUGUAAAUGUAAAAUAUCUUUUCUUCUGAGCAGUUGUAUUUCCAUUCAUAUUUCUUGGUUGUCAUACAAACAAUGUAAUAAAAUUAAGAUUCUUGUGG